AUGGAGAAGUCCAGCAGUGAGGAGUCAGCCAUUCACCGUAGUCCGUCCGUAGAUAGCCGUGACUCCGAUUUCGCCCGAGCGUCCACGUCUGGCCGCCCGUUCGGUGGCCGCGGUUUCACUGCUGGCGCGUUCUACGGCUCCACGGGGCCACGCGGCAACACUCAGCAGGCGCAGGCUGGGACAGCGGCUGAUGCGAGCGCAGAAGACAAGACCAACAAAAAGUGCAGCUCGCCCAAAGGCAGCAAAUACGUGGUCUUUUACCUGGAUCUAUCCUUUGUGUUCCUUUUAGAAUUCAAGAAGUGCAACAUGGCAAGAGGCUGUCUCUGCUGUUUGAAGUACAUGAUGUUCUUCUUCAACCUCAUCUUCUGGUUAUGCGGCUGUGGGCUUCUCGGCGUGGGCAUCUGGCUCUCUGUGUCUCAGGGCAGCUUUGCCACCUUCUCACCCUCUUUCCCCUCGCUCUCCGCCGCCAACAUGGUAAUUGCCAUCGGCGCCAUCGUCAUGGUAACGGGCUUCCUCGGCUGUCUGGGCGCCAUCAAGGAGAACAAGUGCCUGCUAUUGAGCUUCUUCAUUGUCUUGCUGAUAAUUCUGCUCACAGAAGUGAUUUUGCUCAUCCUGUUCUUUGUGUAUUCAGAUAAGGUGAGCGAAAACGCUAAGCAGGAUCUGAAGGAUGGGUUGGCACUCUACAACACAGAUAACAACAUAGGCUUACGAAAUGCUUGGAACAUCAUCCAGGCAGAGUGGAAGUGCUGUGGUGUGACUGCGUACACUGACUGGCAUGAGGCUCUAAAGGAGAAGGUGGUUCCCGACCGCUGCUGUCAGGAGCAUUACCAAGAGUGCGGCCGUAACACCACCAACAUGUUCUGGAACAGGGGGUGUUUUGAAAAGGUGGAGGAGUGGCUGGAUGACAACAAGCACCUUCUGGGAACCAUUGGCAUGGUCAUCUUGGUGGUGCAGCUUCUGGGUAUGGCGUUCUCCAUGACGCUGUUCCACCAAAUCCACAGAACGGGGAAGAAGUAUGAUGCUUAGCCUGAGGGAAGGUACCCAUGGAGAGGAGCCCCCCCACCCCCACCCACCACUGCCUGAUGGGAUAGACGCUGGAUGAACAGCCCUGCCCUGCGUUCCUUUUAAUAUCCCCCCUCCAUGCCAUCUCCUUCACAGACCUUCUGUACAGAUUCCAGCUGUGUCCGCCACUCCGUUCUGCUCUCUUUGCUCCACCAUUCAUUUUGCCAAAGAGUCACACAACUGGGAGAUAAAAAACAUCUGCAUUUUGGCGAGGGAGAAAAUUCCUGUUGGCUACCGCUCUUCUGUAGUGCAUUUAUGUUUUUUAUCGUUUGGACUAACAAGGUUUGCUUGAAGAAAGGAUUCAAGGAUUCAGAGACAAGGAAUGCUUUACUAAUGCCCCCCCCCAAGGCAAAGACAAGAUAUGAAACUGAUGUUAUAGUGUUCUCCAUCUCUCGUGGAGUUUCCGCUUUUCCUUUUCUCAUGCUAAAUAAUGUUUAG